AAGAUUCUGACGAGUUACGAAUUCAGCUCUAGUGCCGCCAUAUCCCCAUUUCAAAAAAUUUCAAAAUCCCACGCUCCUCACUCCUCUUGGUUCCCUAGUUCCGACUCCAACCCUUUGUUCACCCUGCAAUUACUAACCGCAGUUAUGUGUUAAACAGAUCCUCAAGAAAGGAAAGAAGAAGACGAACACCGAGAGCGGCGGAGCGCUGAGAUCGAGAGUGAGAGAAGCAGACGCUGCUUUCCUGUUUGUGAAAGCAACGAUUGCGAAACAAACUGAGAGUUUCAUCUGUAGAUCUUCUUUUCUCUUUGAUUCAAAAUGGCUUUCAGAAACCAGAACAAGCCCCCUAUCAGCAACGCUCUUCCUCCUCGCAGUCCCUCAAAUAGGAAAGAUAACGUUGAUGAAGUCCCUAUAGACAAACGUCGGAAGAUUGGAUCCGGAAAAAUGGUGGGACAGCCGGCAAGCAGUGGUCGCACGCGUCAGGUCUUUACUGUAGUGAAUUCAGGUCAAGAUCUUGCUACGGCCUGCGAUCCGGCCAGUACUGCCGGCGUUGAGUUCACUUUAGAGGAGGUAGAAGCACUUCUCAAUGAGAAGAUGAAAGGGAAGACGAAAUUUGAUUACAAGGUAGCUCAUAUAUUUUGUAUUGUUUGGUUCGCUGUUUUGGACGACCCCUUUUCGUUUACUGCUGUAUUUUUCAACUUAUUACUUCAUCAUUUUCUGAUUUUGAAGGGAAAAUGUGAACAAAUGACUGAUUAUGUCAAAAAAAUCAGGCUCUGCAUCAAAUGGUUCCUAGAACGUGAAGAUUCCCAUGUCCUUGAACAGGAGAAGCUGAAGAUUAUGGUAGAAAGUGCUGAGAAGGAGCGAACUGAGCUAGAGAUGCAAAUGAAAAACAAGGAGGCAGAAUCGGAUAGCAUUAUUACAGAGCUUAGGAAAAAUAAUGCUUCUUUAGAGGCCAGAUGUACAAAGGAAGAAGCAGAUAAGUUGGCCGCACUUGAUUCUCAUAGAAGAGAAAAGGAUGCUAGAGUUGCUGCUGAAAGUGCGUGCGCUUCUCUUUCAGAAGAGCUCAAAAAAACUCGUGAAGAACUUUCCGGUGCUAAUCAGAAGAUAGUGUCUGUUAAUGAAAUGUACAAGCGAUUGCAAGAGUACAAUACAAGCUUACAGCAAUACAACAGCAAACUGCAGACAGAGGUUGCAUCUGCUAAUGAGACCCUUAAAUGUGUAGAAAAGGAAAAGGCUGCAAUAGUAGAGAACCUCAGCACCUUAAGGGGUCACUAUAAUUCAUUGCAGGAUCAAUUGACUUCUUCCAGAGCUUCACAGGAACUUGCUAUCAAACAAAAGGAAGCACUAAUGAAUGAAGUGGGUUGCCUUAGAGGAGAGCUCCAGCAAGUCAGGGAUGAUCGUGACCGCCAAUUGUUACAGGUGCAGACAUUAUCGGCAGAGGUAGUGAAGUACCAAGAGAUUACGGGGAAGUCAACUGCUGAGUUGGAUAACAUGACGAUAAAAUCAAGUGCCUUGGAGGAUACAUGCUCUUCACAAAGAGAGCAAAUACUAAUACUGCAGCUCCAGUUAGCAGCUGCAAAUGAGAAACUGCAGAGAGCUGAUUUGUCAGCCUUUGAUAUGAGGACUGAAUUUGAGGAGCAAAAGAAAGUGGUUGAAGACUUGAAAAAUCGUCUGGCAGAAUCAGAACUUCAAAUUAUUGAAGCAGAAAGGCUACGUAAAAAGUUGCACAAUACCAUAUUGGAGUUAAAAGGGAAUAUCAGGGUCUUCUGCAGAGUUCGGCCUUUGUUGCCAGAUGAUGGUGCAGGAUCCGAAAUGACGGUUAUUUCUUAUCCUACCUCAACAGAAGCCCUUGGAAGGGGCAUUGACUUAGUGCAAAGUGGGCAUAAGCACCCCUUCACAUUUGAUCAAGUAUUCACUCACGAGGCAUCACAAAAGGAUGUUUUUGUAGAAAUUUCACAGCUGGUGCAAAGUGCCCUUGAUGGCUAUAAGGUUUGCAUUUUUGCAUAUGGUCAGACUGGAUCUGGAAAAACAUAUACCAUGAUGGGAAAACCAGAAGCUCCAGAGCAGAAAGGGCUGAUACCUCGGUCUUUGGAACAGAUAUUUCAAACUAGCCAGUCACUUCUUUCCCAGGGAUGGAAAUACAAAAUGCAGGCCUCAAUGUUGGAGAUAUACAAUGAGACAAUCCGUGAUUUGCUUUCAACCAAUCGAUCCAGUGGUCCAGACAGUUCGAGGGCGGACAAUUGUGUAGCUGGAAAGCAGUAUGCAAUUAGACAUGAUGCAAAUGGCAAUACACAUGUCUCUGAUCUUACAAUUGUGGAUGUCUGUGGCAUCAAAGAGGUGUCCUCUCUGCUACGUCAGGCGGCACAAAGCAGGUCAGUGGGCAAGACCCAAAUGAAUGAGCAGUCUUCAAGAAGUCAUUUUGUCUUCACCUUGCGGAUAUCUGGUGUUAACGAGAGUACGGAACAACAAGUUCAGGGUGUACUCAACCUUAUCGACCUUGCUGGUAGUGAAAGACUUGGUAAGAGUGGUUCAACUGGGGACCGGCUCAAAGAAACUCAGGCCAUCAACAAAAGUUUAUCACAUUUAAGUGAUGUCAUAAAUUCACUUGCUAAGAAAGAGGAGCAUAUACCUUAUAGAAAUUCAAAGCUUACUCAUCUUCUUCAGCCUUGCUUAGGUGGGGAUUCCAAGACCAUGAUGUUUGUCAACAUCUCGCCCGACCCAUCAUCAGUGGGAGAGUCACUUUGUUCUCUUCGGUUUGCUGCUAGAGUUAAUGCUUGUGAGAUUGGGAUUCCUCGGCGUGAGACUAAUGUGCGACCUCUAGAUUCUCGGUUGAGUUAUGGCUGAAGGUGGUUUUGGUUCUUUAUGGGGGUGAAUUAAUUAUUGUGGCUGAAACAAAAAGUCUUCUAACUGAUUGUAAUCUGUAUAGUGAAGUAUUAAGUUUGUAUCAGUGAAUGCUGAAGUUUCUUGUUGGAGUGAUUGCAUUUGUAUUUUAAGAGCUCUUAUUCUUUCAGACUAUGUUUGGAAGGCAAGAAAGAGAGCAGAAAAAUUUGUAAAAUUUUGAAACGGAGAGAAAGACGUAAACUCAUCAUUACUUUUGUUGGUGAGAAGUAAUGAGUCACCAAUCAAUACUAAAUGACCACAUCAAUAGGGUAACUUUUCUUUCGCUA